CUCCAGGAAGAAGGUUUCUUUCUUCUUUCUCUUCCUUCAAUUUCUUGCCUUCCAACUCAGUGCUAAGGAGAAUAGAAGAAGAAAUCAAGUAGAUGGAACAAGAACAGCUUGUGGCUUCUUCUUCUUCUCCUUCAGUGAGAUCAAAUGAUGAUGAUAAUGGGGCAGAAAUCAAACCAUCACCACAGUCGAAAUUCCCCUUAACGUUUCUUGAAUUGGCGGGUGCAUCCGGCGUUCUUUUGAUCUUCGCCGUUAGUCUCGCCGGAGUUUACCUCACCUUACCGGAUUCUGAUUACAGUUUUCUUAAGCUUCCAAAAACGAUUGAAGAUCUUCAUAUUCUCCGAGAGCAUCUCGAGAGCUAUACAAGUGACUACACCAUUCAAGUUCUCGUGGGGUAUUGUACCGUCUACAUCUUUAUGCAAACAUUCAUGAUUCCAGGAACUGUCUUCAUGUCAUUGCUUGCCGGAUCCCUUUUUGGGGUCUUAAAAGGUGUAGCUUUGGUUGUGUUUGCUGCCACUGCUGGAGCAUCUUCUUGCUACUUUCUAUCUAAAUUGAUCGGCCGGCCCCUUAUCUCGUCUCUCUGGCCUGAUAAACUGGUUUUCUUCCAAGACCAGGUGGCGAAAAGGCGAAGCGGGCUGCUGAACUACAUGCUUUUCCUAAGGGUGACUCCAACUUUGCCAAAUACGUUUAUAAAUUUUGCAUCGCCAAUUGUUGAUGUGCCGUAUCAUAUCUUCUUCUUGGCAACUUCUGUCGGCCUCAUUCCAGCAGCUUAUGUAACCGUCAAGGCUGGAAUAGCUCUGGGUGAAUUACGUUCGAUUGGUGAUCUCUACGACAUACAGUCUAUAGGCACGUUAUUUUUCAUAGGGAUCGUGUCCAUUACGCCUACUUUGAUAAACAAGAACAAGCCUUAGUGUUUCGUUGAUGAAACCAAUAUGAUUCCAGACCAACCCUCUUGGUGUCUUGGAAGCCUGUACAGAUCUUAGCAUCAACUUGGAGCUCCGGUUCUGUUUUAAAGAUUCGGUGGUUGGCAUCGAGCCUCGGGGCAGUGAAGGAAUCUGUAGAACGUUUUUACGACUGUUUUCUGUCGUGAUGCCGGUUUAGUUUUAAUGUGCAAGUAUCAAAGACAUCCUGGAAUACACUGUCUUAAAUUUUCAGGCAUUGAAAACUUCCAACCUUAUAAUCUUAGGUGCAAAGUGUUGUUUAAAUCUUUGGUUGCAUUAAUUAGAAUCAUGGCUGUUUACCCAUCCUCACUUCUUUGUGCUUUAUCCCUUUCAUGGAUAGUAAGAUUAGAUGAAUGCAUAAUUCCGGCAUCGGGAUUAGAAUUUGUAUGAAAAUGCAACGUAUUUUGGUCUGUUUCUC